AUGACCAGUCCCCACGCCAGCGUGGUUUUAAACGACGAUCUUGACGAAACGGCGAGUCUGGUGGCACUGCAUCAGACGGCUGCCGUGCCGCGACCCCGUUUCAGUCUUGACGACGACUCCUUUUCCACAUACUUGGGUCUGGGCGAUCAGCCAUUGUCGUCAACAGUGCUGCCACUUGGCCCCAACUCCAUCUUUGAGUUGACUGUGGGCAGUGAUCAAGCACGGGUACGCAACAAGCGUGGCCUCAAGCAUCUGGUUGUGAUCAAUGGUGGUGCCACCACCGUGUACAAUCUUACCACCCCCACACUGCGAGACAUCCCCCAAAUCCAUCUUGCUAAAUUGAAGCAUAAAGUCAACGAUGAAAAAGUGAAGCCAUUGCUUGCAAGCAUGGACGACUAUCGUGAAUUUGAGCUGAGUUAUGGCCGGCUUACAUCUGAUACUUUGCAUGAGUUUGCUCGUCGAACGCAACCAACGAAUUCCAGUGAUGAAAGCUUGAGCGAGCAAGAAAACAACACCGCUACCAACUUGAGCAAGAUCCCGUCGGUCUUUCUUGACCCAGACUUCCGCAUGGAUGAUCCUCGAGUAUUCAGUAAGGUCCUCGAAAAUACCAAGAUUCUUACGACUGAUGAUGAAGACAUAACUACCAGUUUGGCACACAAUACCGAUCUCCAGGAAAAGUUCAGCAGCUACCUAGAUAUUGUUGAGCAGAACCUCGUGUUGGAAAUUGGGAAACUGUCGGAUUCCUUUUUUACUACUCUUGACGAUAUCACUAAGAUCCAGAAUCAAUCAAAAGAGUGUGUUGCUCAAUUUGCUCAACUCAAAGAUGAAUUGGUGAAAGUACAAACAACACAAGCUGAACGUGGUAAGCAAAUCUGUUCUGAUCUCAUCAAAAACAAAAAUGUGGAAUACUUGGAGAGCGCUUUACUCCAUAUAAAGUACAUUACAACUUUUUAUGAGAUGGCCGUUCGUGAGUACAGUCAACAAAACUUUUCCAGAUGUCUCGAUCUCAUAGUCAUCGUUGAGCUGCUAGUGAAUGGCGUGGAAUACGACGACUUUGACAAUGACCCGGAGUUGUUGAGUCUCUAUCCUCGUUUUGAUUACCCCAUAGAAAACGUGCUGAAAUUGCCAUGUCUCAUCAAUUUGGUGAACGAUGUGCACAAUUUGAAGCAUGAAUGUGCUCGGGGUUUCACGUCAGAAUUUGUUGAUAUUCUCAUUGAUGACUUGCGCAACCACUACACCCUGGUACCCAUUAAUGACACCCUAAAUCGAUUGUAUUGUGCGAUGAAUCCUCGAAAAUACCCACUGCUGGCAGUCAAGUCGUAUCUUGUGAUGGAUGAAGAGAUAAAGGAUAAGUUGAAGAAUUGUGUAUUCUCUCUCAUCAAGUCAGGUCAGAUCACGCAUGGUUAUCGUGUUUAUCAAGAUAAACUUAUCGCCGAGAUCAAGUCCAUUAUCAAACAAAACCUUCCUUCUGGUCCUGGUCUGGGGGUUUCGCCAAUGCCCUCUAAUGCGCCAUCGCUGCGCAAUUCGCCUGUUCCGCAUGCCGUUGCAGAACAAUCGCUGUUGUCCGUCAACAUAAAAAGCCUUACACCGAAAGAGUUUGAGGAGAUGUUGGUAAAGACUUACAGUAAUUUGCUGGAGUGCUUGCGUCGUCUGACCACACACCAGAAAAUCUUGUUGGACCUUGCAUUAUCAUUAGGUGGGACCUCCCAAAAUUUGGAUGUGAUGUCAUUGGAUAUCACCCUGGCGAUUAACAAAGCAAUUGAACUCACCCAAAUUCGACUCACGAAAAUUAUAAAUGUUCGUUCUGAGCUGAUUGGUGAUCUCCCUGUGCCCAUGUACUUGCGACUUUAUUCAAUAUCAUCGCUGUACCUUCAGGAAUGUGAAAGUAUUGACCCCAUGGGCUCGGGUACCCACUUGGCUGAAUGGUUCAAAAACCACCUCACAUACUUUGUUCAUCGGAAUCAUUCAAGGUCACUUAAAACCCUCGUGCUGAAUAUCGACCAUGAUACUUGGAAGGAAGCUUCUGCCGAGGAGUUGACGGUAGGGCAGUUCAACUUGGACCAAAUUCUGUCUUACGCUGAUUGGGUUCAGACUGGAGGACGUAACGGCAAUCUGUGUGAUUUCUGGUUGGAUGCACUUGAUUUUUACACAGGUCCAGAAAGAAAAGCAUUACAAGGUCCGAAACCUAUUUCAAGUGGAAAACUUACUAUUGGUUCUGAAAGCUUCGUGGUACCCACAUUUAUCAUCAAGUCACUAGCCCAAGUUCGCGAUUAUUUGACCAUUCACAAAAUGUUUCCAAAUGUUCCGAUUACGAAUAAUGUUCUCAAUUAUUUCAAGCUCGCCAACUCGCGUAUCUCCCAAGCAAUUCUUAACGCUGGGGCAACCAAGACUGCAGGACUUAAACAUAUUACAACAAGGCACAUCGCAUUGUGUAUUCAGACCGUCGAAUUUGUGAUGGCAUUACUUCCACGUGUUGAACAGGCAUUGCCUCCGCCGACAUCCCAACUUAAUCAAGGACCCCGCCCAGAUAGCGAUCUCAACUUUGGGCGCAUUUAUACCAGUUAUAAAGAUCACGAAAACGAGUUAUUUAACAAAUUGGUGUCUAUUAUGCGUGAUCGGACGAUGCUUCACUGUCAGGUAAUUUUGAAAACCAACUGGUCGGAGCCAAUGCCGUAUGGUACCCAAUGUCAUCCAUAUAUGGAGACUAUCGUUAAGGAAACAAAUCGAGUAUCAAAAGUUUUGGCCAAGGUUCUUCCAGAGCUUAAGUGCUCUCAUAUUUUAUCGCAGGUGUUUGAUAACUACAAGAAACUUCUUGUGCUGUGUUAUUGUGCUGAAUUGCCUCAACUUAAGGAUAUGAUGGAAAAGCAGAUGGUGCUCAAAGACAUUGACUUUUUCAGGGUAAACUUAUGUGAUUUACCGGGAUAUGGUAAUUCUGGUCAAGUGAUUUGGGAGAAUGUCAAUGCUUUGCCCACUCUCGAAGACCUGACGCUUGAACAGCAGCGCAAACUCGAAGAAGAGAGACUUAAACAGCAAGAGCUUGCUAGGCAAGAGCAAGAGCGGAUUGAACGGGAAAAGGCCGAGUUGGAAGCCAGAAAAGCCGAAGAAGCCAAACGAGCAGAGGAAGAAGCAACGAGUCAAGCUGCUGAAACUUUGUUUGAUGCCCAACUUGCUGGUAAACUCUCUGAAGAUACGCCUCAUGAGGAAAGUAAAAAGGACCUGGUGGACCUUUUGCCCAAGGAGGCUGCUGCUAACGAUACUGUUAUUUUAUCGAAAGAGAGCUCCAUGGCUCCAGAGGAGUUGAAACCAGAUGCGGUAAUUGAAAGUACGAGUGAUUUGUCUGACACAUUACCUCUGCUUGAUGCCAAAGAAGGCGACAAGACUGCCACAUCUCUUGAGAACCCGGCGUUGAUGUCAAAGGACUCUGGUGAAGAUACAACGUCUGCUUUGGUCGAGGAUCGUGAUUCGAAGAAAGACACAACUGACGACGCAAAUAAACCUCAAACGACAGUUCUUCAGCAAGCUUCCCCCGAAGAUACAGUCGCCUUUGAAGAAACCGUCCCUUCGGAUAAAGCAGUUGAUCUUGAAGACAAUGCCUCUCCUGAGCACACAAUUCCUUCUAAAGACGCAGUCAGUGAGGUGGAGGCUUCUGUUGAAGAGGUAGAACCUGUCGAAACUAUCUUUGAGAUUCCCGAAACUAAGGUCGACUCGCCCGAGGUAGCAGUAUCUCAAGAUGGUAGCUCACAAGGAGUUGCCGAUAAUUCUGUGUCGGGGACAAGCGUUCUGGCUGAAGUCGACCAAGAUAAAUUGACUGAAGAAGGUUUGUCUGAGGUUUCCAAAGUUGAUGAGCAGUCGCUUCCAACCAUCGAAGUGGAAGAAACUGCCGCGGUUGCAGAAUCUUCAGCUGCGGCACCAACCAAUGAUGAAAAUGUUGAACAGUCGAUUACUUCUGACACUCCCACGGUAUCAAGCACCUCUCAAGAAGUCCAACAUCCAAAUGUCAAUGAGGUAAAUGAGUCGAACCCUGCUUCUGAGCUGACGACACCGUCAAAUGACAAUGCUGCUGGUCUGGUAUCUACAAACGAAAAAUCUGCUCCAGAGCUGAUCGAAUUGCCAGAGGUUGAGGCUCAAGAGGGUGGUGAGAAAACUAAAGACGUGGAAGUAUCAGCAGCUGAGGUUGAAGUUGAGUCACCAGAAGUUGAGUCACCAGAAGUUGAGGAAGCAGAACCCGAGGCUCCAUCAAUCGCAUCUAGCGGCUCUAAUGGUGCCACGCAAAAUUCGACAAACAAAAAGAAGAAGAAGAAGAAGAAGAAGGGGAAGAAGUAA